AUGGUCAAAAGAAGCUUACCGGUAAGUGACCGGAAAUUACAAGAAAUCAAGGUCAAUACUGACAGGGACGAACAACUUUUGUCCCUGAAGCAAGUCAUUAUUGAAGGUUGGCCUGAUGAAAGAAAUCACUGCAAGUCAGAACUGCUAGAUUUCUGGAAUUACAGGGAUGAGCUUACCGUCAUGGAUGGGGUAAUAAUGAAGGGUCACAAAAUUGUUAUUCCUAAAUCCCUAAGGGCAGACUUAUUGUCAAAACUACAUUCUUCAAGUCAUAUGGGAAUAGAGAAAACAAUAAGUAGAGCAAGUGAUAUUGUUUUCUGGCCUAGAAUCACCCAGGAAAUUAAAGAUCUUGUUCUGAAAUGUCCUGUAUGUUUGCAACACAGAGACUCAAACCAGAAAGAACCGCUUGUCUACACCCAAGUUCCAGAAUACCCAUGGCAGGUAGUUGGCACAGACCUAUUUGAGUUCAAUGGCAAAGACUUUUUGAUAGUCGCUGACCAUUAUUCACAUUACUUUGAGGUCAAAGAGCUGCCUAACUGUAGAAGUUCGACAGUUAUAAGUAGGCUCAAGGGCAUAUUUGCUAGAUUUGGCAUACCAGAAAUUGUAGUAUCUGAUAAUGGGCCAUGCUAUGCAUCUCAUGAGUUUGCAAACUUUGCAAAGCUCUGGGAUUUUACACACCAGACCACAAGUCCUUACCACAGCUCCGGUAAUGGUUUUGCGGAAGCGUACGUGAAAAUUUGCAAGCGCAUUUUCACGAAGGCCAGAGCAUCAGGCACCGACCCAAUGAUAGGAAUACAAGAAUAUAGGGUUACAAAACUUAAAAUAGGUUUUUCACCCAGUGAAAUCAUGUUCCAACGUCAAAUUAGGUCAGUGUUGCCAGUUGCUAAGACACAAUUACUUCCCGGCAAAUCUCACACAAGGUCAUUCGUGAGAAAUUGUCAGCAAACAAGGAAAGGGAGAAAGUGUAUUAUGAUAUGA